AUGCCCGUGGCUGCAGACAGUGCGAUGGAGAGGAGCCCCUCGACACCUGCCCCCUCCCCAACCCUAACCCCUGCCACUCUCCAGCACCCCAGGUCGGGCUGUGGGGCACCCGGCCCUGAGCUCUGCUCCUUCCCCGUCGCCAACGUCUCCCUGGUGAAGAGGAACCGGGACCGGGUGCUGAUGCCAGGGCAGCCCUACCGCAUCUCGCUGGAGCUGGAGCUGCCCGAGUCGCCGGCCAACCGCGACUUGGGCAUGUUCAUGGUGGCCGUGACCUGCUACGCCAAGGGUGGGCGCACGGUGGCCAUGUCUGCCCGCACUGCAAUGCUGCACUACCGCUCGACGCUGCUUCGCGUGCUGCACACCUUGGCCUUCGCCGUCUUCUUCCUCACCGGCUUUGCGGAGCAGAAGCAGACUCUGGAGGUGGAGCUGUACAGCGAGUACCGCGAGGACUCGUACACCCCCACGGUCGGCGCUGUCAUCGAGAUCCAGAGCACCCGGGUGCAGAUCUAUGGGGCCCAGCUCCGCGUCCACGCCCACUUCACCGGGGUCAGGUACCUGCUGUACAACUUCCCGGUGACCUCGGCUGUGCUGGGGGUCGCCAGCAACUUCACCUUCCUCAGCGUCAUCGUGCUGCUCAGCUACCUGCAGUGGAUCUGGGGCAGCGUCUGGCCCCGUGAGCCCCUGCCUGGCCAGGUGAACCUGCAGGAGGAUGCCCGGCGACGCGUCGUCACCCCCAUGCCUGCCGCAGGCUCGGAGGGCACCGACCUAGAGCUGAAGCAGCCCCUGGAGGAGGGUCCCGAGCCGUGGGAGUGCCCUGAGGGUGCAGCUGCCCUACAGCCGAAGGAGAUGCUGGAGACCCUUGGCCCCGAAGACAACCGGAGCCAGGAGCCGGAGCCUGGCGAGGAGCCUGGAUUCGAGGCCGUGGACCGGUCGGCGCUGGAGGCCGACGUCGAGCUGCCCCCCCGGGGGGGCUCGGAGCCAGGGGCAGGGGCCUCACUGCGCCAGAGACUUGCCUGCUCCAGCUUCUGAGCCCCCCACCCCGGGGGUCUCUGCUCACAUUCCCACCCCUGCCCUCCACCCCCAGCCUGGGAACAGUUGGGUCAUUAAUAAACCACCCGACCUGCUACUGA